GGUGACAGCUGGGCUCGCAGCGCUCCGCUCCAGUCUGGUAAGAAGCUUCAUCUCCAAAUAGGAUGACCGUCGGCUUUUGUGGAGGGGACUGAAUUCUGCGCUGUAGCUAGUUCUGGGACACCCGGUUUGUUCAGUUUACGAGAGAGGAGUUUGAAAUCCGAAACAUUGUUUUUUCUCUCUAGUGUGGAUUUCCAAUGGAUAUUCCGAUUUGAAGAGGUGUGAUUUGAGAGCGGCAUGUAACAAAAAGAAGCGCAUGAGAAAAGUAGCGCUCGUAUUGUUAUUCUGACCGAGCACCGUCUGAACCGCUUUGAGAGCCAUACCUCAUGGAUUACUAAAAUAUAUAGCUGUAAAAACUCCGAGGCAUAUCCAUUCAUGAGCUGAAGGCUGAGGUAAAUCUUUAGCACCAGCAGAGGACCAGCAGUAGCAGCAGCAGCAGCAGCAGCAGUGUUGGUGCGACCAUGAGGUCAGAGGCCUUGUUACUCUACUUCACGCUACUGCAAUUAGCCGGGGCGGGCUUCCCCGAAGACAGCGAGCCUAUUAGCAUCUCACACGGCAACUACACAAAACAGUAUCCAGCGUUUGUUGGCCACAAACCUGGCAGGAACAACACGCAGCGGCACAAACUGGACAUCCAGCUCAUCAUGAUCAUGAACAGGACGUUAUACAUUGCUGCCAGGGAUCACAUAUACACGGUGGACACAGACACUGCCAACAGUGAUGAGAUCUUUUUCAGCAAGAAAAUGACAUGGAAGUCCAGACAGGCUGAUGUGGACACUUGCAGAAUGAAAGGGAAACACAAGGACGAGUGUCACAAUUUCAUUAAAGUCCUCCUGCAGCAAAAUGAAGACACCUUGUUUGUUUGUGGAACUAAUGCUUUCAACCCAUCCUGCCGAACCUAUAAGCUGGACACCCUGGAGGCUCUGGGGGAGGAGAUCAGUGGGAUGGCACGCUGCCCAUAUGACGCCAAGCACGCCAAUGUCGCCCUCUUUGCAGGUGGCAGGCUGUACUCGGCCACCGUAACGGACUUUCUAGCGAUCGAUUCGGUCAUCUAUCGUAGCCUGGGAGACAGUCCGACUCUGCGCACUGUCAAACACGACUCCAAAUGGCUGAAAGAGCCAUACUUUAUCCAGGCAGUCGAUUACGGGGACUUCAUCUACUUCUUCUACCGGGAAAUUGCUAUGGAGUACAACACAAUGGGAAAGGUGGUGUUUCCUCGUGUAGCCAGGGUCUGUAAGAACGACAAAGGGGGCUCGCCCCGUGUCCUGGAGAAGCAGUGGACCUCAUUUCUCAAGUCUCGCAUGAACUGCUCGAUCCCCGGUGAUUCCCAUUUCUACUUCAACAUCCUGCAGGCUGUGACAGAAGUCAUCCGCAUCAACGGGAGGGACAUCGUCAUGGCAACCUUCUCUACACCUUACAACAGUAUUCCAGGCUCUGCGGUGUGCGCCUAUGACAUGGCUGAGGUGGCCAACACCUUCACAGGGCGUUUCAAAGAGCAGAAAUCCUCAGACUCCACCUGGACGCCUUUUCCUGAAGACAAGGUUCCCAAGCCAAGGCCCGGCAAUUGUGCAGGCAUUCCAUCCAUGGAGAGGUACAAGGUAUCCAAUGAGUUCCCCGAUGACACACUCAACUUCAUCAAACAGCAUCCUCUGAUGGACGAGGCUGUGCCCUCAAUUGCCAACAGGCCCUGGUUCCUUAAGACCAUGGUCCGGUAUCGUCUUACUCGCAUUGUGGUGGACAAUGAGGCGGGUCCCUAUAACAACCACACAGUAGUCUUCCUGGGAUCUGAGAAAGGCAUCAUUGUCAAGUUCCUGGCCAACAUGAACAGCGGCAUCCUGAACGAUAGCCUGUUUCUGGAGGAGCUCAAUGUCUACAACCCUGACAAGUGCAGUAUAGAUGGUGUGGACGACAAGCGUAUCAUUGGCAUGCAGAUAGACAGCAAGAUUCACACGUUGUGGGUCGCUUUCUCCUCCUGUGUUGUUAAAGUGCCGCUCUCUCGCUGUGAAAGACAUGGAAGAUGCAAGAAGUCUUGCAUAGCCUCCAGAGACCCGUACUGUGGUUGGGUGUCAGAAGGAGCCUGCAAACAGGUUGUCGACAACAUCAAAUCAGCCUUUGAGCAGGACGUGGAGCAGGGUAACACAGAUGGCCUGGGAGACUGCCAAAACACCUUCGUGGCGCUGAACGGCCACCAUCACCGCCACCAUCCUCACACCCUCUCACUGCCCACCUCGGCCCUACCCGUGGCCGCCGAGGUCCCCCUGGGGCGGGGCCGCAUGGUUGAGCGGAAGGACCCCCCCAUGAGCUCAGACAAAGGGGAGGACCCCUACGUAGCCGUGCCCUCUCAGACUCAGCCAGAAGCCAAUGGUGUGAUCCGUGAAAGCUACCAGAAGGGUCGUGACCAGCUCGUUCCCGUGACAUUGUUGGCCAUCGCCGUCAUCCUAGCCUUUGCCAUGGGCGCCAUCUUCUCUGGCAUCAUUGUUUACUGUGUCUGUGACCACCGGCGGCGAGACGUAGACCUGACAGGCCGCAAGGAAAAGGACAGCCACCACCUCCACUCUCGCCGCGGCUCCAUGAACAGCGUGACCAAGCUGACGGGUCUGUUCGAGACACAGGCCAAAGACGGUCGCCCCGAGGCAAUCCUCACCCCUUUGAUGCACAACGGGAGACUGACUCCAAAUGGGAAGAUGCUGAUAAAAGCUGACCAGCACCACUUGGACCUUUCCGCUCUGCCGACACCUGAAUCCACCCCCAUGCAGCCGCGUCGGAAGCCCAGCCGAGGGAGCCGGGAGUGGGAGAGGAACCAGAACCUCAUCAACGCUUGUACCAAGGAUAUGCAAGCGAUGGGCUCCCCGGUUAUCUCCACAGACCUGCCGCUGAGGGCAUCUCCGGGACACAUCCCCAGCGUGGUGGUCCUGCCUCUGCCACAGCAUCAGCACCAGCUCCAGCCCCACCUGCAGCAGCACCAGCAUUCCUACCAGCACGAGUACGUGGAGCAGCCCCACCACAGUGACCUCAGCAUGGGCCACAGUGUCAUGGAUGACCAGGGGGCAACACUGGAGUACAAGACAGUCAAAAGCCCCUGUCACAAUCUCAACAUGGUGGAUCCAGAUGGGAUGCUACCGCCACGUGUGCCCCAACGAGAGGCCUCUCUCUCUGUCCCCCCGGCCGUCCCACAGAUGGGAAAACGUCUGGAGGUCCACUCAUCAGUAUACGGGCUCCGGAAAGGAUCAGCAUCCGGGGCUUCUGGGUCGUCUGUCCUCAAGAAGCAUAACACCAACUCAUCUAACUCCUCCCAUUUGGCGAGACAUCACAGCUUCAACCGCGUGGAGACUCCGCCCCCUGCCCCUCAGAGGGUGGACUCCAUACAAAUGACAGCACACGGCAUAUCUCUAUCACGGCACCCUGGAAUGAGCUCCUAUGGUUCACUGCCACGAACGGGCUUCAAAUAUCUCAAGCCUGAUGUCCCUCCCAAACCCUCCGUAGUCUCACUCUCGACAAAAGUCAAGUCCAGUGACUGCACAUAGUCAGCUAGUUAGCGAACCAGUCCAAUCUGAUCGGACAGUAGUGAACGUUUUCUUUCUGAAAGAAGGAAAAAACAGGGAAACUGUACAACUUGCAUCUUCUUUUAGUGUUUUUUUGUUUUUGGUGUACAGUACAGUGAAAAAUGCAACACAGUUUUUUUAAGAAACACUUUCUUUUUUAUAAAUAUGUAAAUAUUAUACAAAUGGUUGUCGUCAUUUGUUGCCGUCAUGAAGCUCAUGCUCUGUCUGUCUCCCUGUUACUCUGUUAACACACAUGGGAACAUGUGCUACUGAAACAGAAGAUGAUGCUUGUCCUGAAUAUUUCAUCCCUGUAGCAUUCAAGACGUUGGCUCUCUUGUUUGUUGUGUCUUUUGCCACCGGGACUUAACUUGAUAUCACAGUGGUAAGAAAGCACACAAGAAGACAGGAUGGGGGGUUUGGAGAUGAAUCGUUGUACAGUACCCUGAGGACUGGGAAAUCUGUGCGAGCAAGCACUCAGAGAGACUGAGCUCGGACUGUAAGGACAGACAGCUUUUCUGAGUUCUGUCAGAAGCUGUGAAAAAGCCUCUCAGUGUUACAGCAAUCAAGUCCUGCCUGGGUUUGCCUGAAAGCCUGGGCAAGAGGAAUCCUCUACUGUACUGGUUACUAAAUCACACAUGACUGUUAAUACUAAUAGCUUGUUGUAUUUAUUUUUAUCAAGUGCUUUUGAAAAAAAAGACUUUCUAGGCCUCAGAGAGAGAGGGGACAGAGAAGAGAUCUUUUAAUAUUAAUUAAUCAAGUGUGAGAAAAAAACGUAUUUAAAGUCAUUAAACUGGAGCCCGUAGAACUUUCUUGAUGACUGAAAAUCCACAAGGUCUUACUGUGCGCUCAGUGGGGCCUGCAGCUUGAGAUAUAUGUGACCUCUGUGAAGAGGAGGAGGAGAUAUUUAUUUAAAACUGUGCCAGACAGGGACUUUUACCUUCAUGGAUCAGAAUAUCCAUUGUUUUAGACCAAUCAUAAAAAAGACUUCCUGAAUCUCACCCUUUCACUCCUCCAAUGAGCAUCCCCUCUUUAUCAGCACUGUGGUUUUGUGUAAGUCAGUAACAUUUGUCCUCAUUGGUUGCUGGCUUACCGGUGUUAUCAAAGCUCACUGUUGUAUGUUGCAAAUAUAAGAGAAGCAGCUGCAGCAACAGUACGAGAAUAUGUAUACACACAUACAAAAUGGAAGCUGUAAGUGACGCUGCUAGCAAAUGAGGAACAUAUCGUCUUUACUAGCAGCGCCACGCAGGUUAGCAGGUAGAAAGAAAUCUACAUAAACAUCUGUAUUGCCUGCUUUAUUUUCCACAUGUACAUUUGUGCCUUACACCCUAAAGUAGUGACAAUGUUUUCUUUAAUAGCUGUUAACUUUGUCUCCUUGUAGUAUUUUUUUAUUUUUCUUACGUCAUGAUAUUUCCCUGGUUUGAUAAAAAUGCAAUUAAAGAAUGUAGGUGUUA